AAAAAGUGGUUGAUGUUUUUAUUUGUUUACAUUCACAGCAGUCGUUCCAAAGCACAUGGUUCUGUGUUAGACUUGACUAGGCCUAGCUAGAAAUUUAUUAUUAUUACAUGUCAGUAGUAGUCUAGUCUUCUUUACGUAUAGCGUAUUUAAGCAUAAUAUGGGGAAAAUAAAAAAAGAAAGAAAGCGUUUACACGAACAAAUUAAAGAGCAACAACAUGUGCAAGGCAGUUCCAAGACUGGCAAGGAGCGACGCAGAGCUGAAGAGGACACGUUCAUUGAUGAAAAGCUAUCAAAAAAGAUUCUAGCUCAGGCGCGAAGACAGGAAGAGGAUUUAUUGAAAGAGACUGAUGGGUCACAUUCAGGAGCUAAACCAAAGUUAAAACAACCAGGCAGUAAACACAUAAAAUUGGGUGGCGCUUCAGCUGCAGCAGAUAGUGAUUCUGAUAACGAUGAGGCUGAUAAACAUCUUUUUGACAAUUUCGCUCUUAUGGAGAAAACCAUUAUGGAAAUUAAUGAUGAAGAUGAAAAUGAUAUAAGGAAAUUUAUGAACCCCAACCCAAAGCAGAGGAGAACUUUAGCAGAUAUUAUUACCGAAAAGUUAGCUGAGAAGAAAACAGCUAUGACAGAAAUGAUGAGUGAUGUUCACAUAGAGGAGGAAAUAGAUGAAACUGUUAAAGAACAUUUUAUUAAAAUUGGAGAAGUAUUAUCUCAUUAUCGAAGUGGAAAAUUACCUAAGGGAUUUAAAGCUAUUCCUUCUUUCCCUAAUUGGCAACAGCUUUUGGAGCUGACUAAACCUGAGAACUGGACAGCUGCUUCUGUAUAUGCUGGUACAAGAAUUUUUGUCUCCAAUUUACCCAAGUAUCAAUUUAAAGACUUCUGUUCCCUUGUUCUCUUACCUCGAAUUCGUGAUGAUAUUGUUGAAUAUAAACGACUAAAUUUUCACCUGUUUCAGGCGCUCCAUAAAAGUAUCUACAAACCUGGUGAUUUUUAUGAAGGAAUUGUUUUACCACUAUGUGAGUCUGGUGAUUGCACACUAAGGGAAGCAACCAUAGUGGCAGGAGUUGUGUCACAGACAUCUAUUCCAGUUGGAUAUUCUGCAGCGGCACUUAUUUUAAUUUCGAAAAUGGAGUACAAUGGGGCUAACAGUAUAUUUAUGCGUACAAUAUUGAACAAAAAGUAUUCUCUGCCUCUUUCAGCUAUUGAUGCUGUUGUGGAACAUUUUAUGAGGUUCAUGGAUGUUGAUGAAAAAAUGCCAGUUCUAUGGCAUCAGUGCUUAUUGACAUUAGCCCAGAGAUACAAGAAUGAUUUAACAAAACAACAGAAGUCACAGAUUUUAAAGUUGAUAAACAUUCAUGAUCACCAUGAGAUAACCCCAGAAAUAAGGAGGGAGAUUACCCAGAGUAAAAGAUGUCGAGGUGAUCCUGAAAUAGAGGAUGAAGACAUGUCAUCUGUUUAAUAAAGAUUGUUUUAGUGGGAACGGGAUUAUGUUGGGAAAUGUAAAUUAAAUUUAUAAAAUAAGCAUACAUUUUGCUUGGUGUUGAUUUAGAAACUUAUGAAUAAUGAAUUGUAAGUUAAACAGUGUAUAACUCUUAUGUAAAUAUUAGGUUUUGAAGUACUAGCAUCAUAUGAGUUGAAUUUAGAAACAUUUAAAAACACUGGUUUUGAAAUGGUGAUACUGUACUUAGAUUUUGUGUUUAAUUUAUUAAUGCAAACAAGUGGAUCAGAUUAGUUUGCAUAGGAUAUCUUUUCAGCUAACAGAAUGCUAGUCAAAGUUUCUGUAUCUUAAAGCCAGUGUUUAAAUAUUUGUUUUUAAACUAUUUCAAUGCCAAGGUUGUAAAUAACAUUUAAU